AGUUUGCUGCGGCGGGCCCUCUCGAAAAACCCAGGCAAGCCACGGGACAGCACAAACGAGCACGGCCCCAGAGAGGCCUUAUAUAUGGCGCGGAGGUAGGCUAGUCGGCGCCGUUCGAUUGGAUGGCAUCAGUAGCCAAUCAGAAAAGCAAUCCGGCAUCUCCUAAUACGCGCAUGUCUUGCCCUGCGAUUACGUAACUCCACGUUCUCUCCAAUCAGAAGAGACACAUUUUUGAUCCUUUAUUUGAAUACAAGACACAAACAGCGUUGGUUUGUGCUCCUCCUGUGUGUUCGGAGACGUCUGCCGUCAUGCCUGACCCGUCCAAAUCUGCUCCGGCCCCCAAAAAGGGCUCCAAGAAGGCCAUCACCAAAGCACAGAAGAAGGACGGCAAGAAGCGCAAGCGCGGCCGCAAGGAGAGCUACUCCAUCUACGUGUACAAGGUGCUGAAGCAGGUGCACCCCGACACGGGCAUCUCGUCCAAGGCCAUGGGCAUCAUGAACUCCUUCGUCAACGACAUCUUCGAGCGCAUCGCGGGCGAGGCGUCGCGCCUGGCGCACUACAACAAGCGCUCGACCAUCACGUCCCGCGAGGUGCAGACGGCCGUGCGCCUGCUGCUGCCCGGGGAGCUGGCCAAGCACGCGGUGUCGGAGGGCACCAAGGCCGUCACCAAGUACACCAGCUCCAAGUGAGCGCGCCGCGGGCGCCCGAACCCAAAGGCUCUUUUCAGAGCCACCCACACGGUCGAGAAAGGGUUUUGGACACGGUGAGGGGUUAUUACCUAAGCGCGCAUAUUGACGUGCGCCGUAGCGGCUCCUUGCUCCUGGGCGCCUGCUCUGAGUCUUCUGUGAGCAUAAUGCAGGAAUGUAUUUCGUUUUAAAGUGGGGGCAGGAAUGGUGGCAUAAAGGCACGCUAGCAGAUGCAGGCGCGUAACCCUCUGCCCAACCCCACACCUUAUAGCAGAUGCGGGCACGUUUCCCCUACCCUGGGAGAAUAUUGUAUCCCCCACCCCGGUGCCGGUCACCUCCUGGUGGCCGAGGUCAGGGGCGAUGGCCACGAGCUUGGUGAGGCCGCCGCAUCUUGCGCUACCUUGUGGCAGGUCCUGGCUCUGCGGCUUUCUACGACCUAGUCCCCGGACCGAUGAGAUAGACAUCUUUAUCCUGGAGUAGUGAACAUUCCAGGAGGAUGUUUGCCUGGCAAAAUCCUGCAAUAGCAGUAGGCUUGAAUCCCGGGCCACGGCCGUGCCCGUCGUCCGUGAGCUGGAUGCUUUAAAUGACCACAGCUGACCACAGCUUUGACCUCAGGGGUCGGGGGAAGUUUCCUCUGACCAAACCCUAACCCAGGGGUCAGAGGAAAGUAAUUCUUUCGUUUUGAACAAAUGUAGCUUUCUCUUCGGGCACACUGUUUUCUGGCAGUGUUCCUAAGACAGGAUAACCUUUUUUUUCACGUUCGUGGUAUUUGCUUGGAGAGUGCCGUUUUGGUGCUAGGAAAGUGUUUUGGCACAAAUCUUCGUUUCGAAGCGGACACAGACUGACUUUUUCUGAAUUUGACUUUUUGUAUUUAUAAAAAGGGGUUUUGUAAUAAUUUGACUUGAGAGAAUUAGAAGUAUUGAGUAUUGGUUAUUGUCUUGGUAAAUAAAUGUUAAUAUAUGUUUCCAAGUCGUUUCUCCAAAGGAAGCCUGUCUCCUGUCUGGGCUGGUGCAGAGGUGCCGGACUCGGUGAAGUGCUUCCUACAGUGGCUGUCGCCAGCUCUCUUCCUGCAUGGAGCUUUUAAAAUAAUUCUGAAAAUUAAAGUUUUAAAAUUGAAGGUAUUUUUAUCGAAUCUUCAAAUAGUUGCAAGGAUGCAUAUCCCAAUGUGACACCUUCUUAAGUGGCAUUUCAAGAAAUUGCUGUCUCUGAACUCAUUUUUCCAUUUUCCUUUUGCCUCAGAAUGUCAUCCUACAGCAAUUAUAUAUAUGUUUUUGUCUAUUGCCUUUCUUGAAAAAACAGUGUGUCAAUUGAAAUUUAAACAUUUUAGGUGACCAAAGGUCCUCUGUUAAAAAAUUCAUCUGGACAGUACAAAAUUGUUUAAGUUAGUGUAACUAAAUUUUUAUUUCAAUGAGCUGAGUGUCGGUUCUUCCUUCCCUCUUUUAGACUUUCUGCCUUGUUUACUUCAUGUAUAUAUGGGCAUAAAUAGUGUUGGUAUGGUUACUAUCUUAGCAGUGUACAGCAU